AUGGACGCCAGCGGCGUAUCGAAGUAUGUGCCCGAGCACCGGCGUACAAACUACAAAAACCGAGGCCAGUUUCGUGCAGAUGAGCUUCGGCGCCGUCGUGAGGAAGCUCAGGUCGAAAUCCGCAAGAUGAAGCGCGAUGAGAACCUGGCCAAGCGUCGCAAUGCCACUCACCUGGCGGCUGCAUCUUCGGGCGACGGAGACGACAGCGACAGCGACGACGACGACGAUAAUGUGUCUCCGGUUGAGUCUCAGCUCAUGGGUGAGCUGCCCGCCAUGUUACAGAAUGUUUUUGGUCCGUCGCUGGAGCAGCAGCUGGACGCAACCGUCAAGUUCCGCAAGCUGCUGAGUAUUGAUAAGAACCCACCCAUCCAGAAAGUCAUUGAGAGUGGCGUAGUACCUCGUUUUGUCGAGUUCCUCAAGUCUAGCAACCCCACGAUGCAGUUUGAAGCUGCCUGGGUUCUCACCAACAUUUCAUCUGGUAAUGCACAGCAGACCAGUGCGGUUGUUGAGGCAGGUGCUGUUCCUUUACUUGUCAGUCUCGUGGCUAAUGCCGAUACUGAUGUCAAAGAGCAGGCUGUGUGGUGCUUGGGUAACAUCGCUGGUGAGUCUCCGGCCUGUCGUGAUCUUGUACUCAACGCCGGUAUUUUGCCGCCGUUGCUGGAGCUGCUCGAAAAGUCAAAGAAGCUCGGAUUGCUCCGCAAUGCCACUUGGACUGUUUCUAACUUUUGCCGUGGCAAGUCGCCUCAGCCCAACUGGGAUCAAAUCCAGAUUGUUUUGCCCACUCUUGCCCGACUCAUCUACUCGAACGACGACGAGAUCAUGAUUGAUGCUUGCUGGGGUAUCUCUUACCUUUCUGAUGGGACCAACAACAAGAUCCAGGCUGUGAUCGAUAAUGGCAUUCCGCGCCGCCUUGUUGAGCUGCUCGGCCACAGCAACCCCUCACUCCAGACACCGGCACUUCGGUCUAUUGGCAACAUUGUUACUGGUGACGACAUUCAAACCCAAACCAUUAUCAACGCUGGAGCUCUUCCUAAGCUCCUCCAGCUGCUGUCUUCCACUAAGGAACCUCUGCGUCGUGAGGCCUGCUGGACCCUGUCCAACAUCACCGCUGGCAACGUUGCUCAGAUCCAGGCUGUCAUCGACAACAAUCUCAUUCCUCCCCUCAUCAAUCUUAUGUCGACCGCCGAGUUCAAGACUCGCCGCGAGGCUUGCUGGGCUAUCUCCAAUGCCACGUCUGGCGCGGCCAACCGCCCCGACAUCAUGCGGUACCUUGUUUCUCAAGGGUGCAUCAAGCCGCUAUGUGACUUACUUCAAUCUGUCGACAACCGCGUCGUGCAAGUCGCGUUGGAUGGUCUGGACAACAUUCUGCGGGUUGGCGAAGCCGAAAAGGACCAGUCCAACUCCGGUGUCAACGAGUACGCCAUUUACAUCGAAGAGGCCGGUGGUUUAGAUGCUAUCAACGAUGCCCAGCAAAAUGCUAAUGAUCAGAUCUAUUCUCGUGCCUACACUAUCAUUACCAAGUACUUUUCUGACGACGGCACGGGUGAAGGAACCGGCAUUGAGCCUCAGACUGCAGGUGACACCUUCGGCUUUGGCGGAGCUCCUCAGUCGAACCAGGGCUUUAAUUUUUAA